AUGCUUCGACGUGGCGAGGGACAAAGGGCAUGGCCAGGGAGUGAGAUGGUUUGUGUGGGCAGGGGUGUAAAGAACGCCAGCGAUCACAAAGGCCAAUGGCGCCCGAAGGGUGCCCCACUUGCGCACGGAUCCACAGACCUGCGCGUUCCUACACACAACGACGACCUCAUCGUGCUUUGUGUGACCACACCCAUUUACGGACGCUUCCGUGGACGGCACUCGCGUCUGCACUACGAUGAGCCGACAACUGUAGCUGGUUUCCCUAGAGUGCUCACACAAUGUGCCCAUGGCAUGUUGAACCGCAUCAUUGCCAUGUCUUUCUGGCCCCCAAGUUCUAUGGCGGCUUCUUGA